CACCUCUUCCUUUCCCGAGGCCUGUUUUUUCCCCUUCUGCAUGCAUUCAUUAAUUAGCUAAUUUUUCUCAAAAAGGAAACACAGUAAUUUACGCAAAUCACAGAGGGAUUAUAGAAAUUCAAGAAUCCAAGAAAAAAAAAGUUGCGAUCAAUAUAAAUUGAGUAUGAAGGGGUGCAAUUCGAAUUCAAGGAUGUUGUCGUCGACGGCGAGGCUGCUGGGGUUUAUGUUGCCGCUGCUGGUGGUUUCGGUGAUAGUGGUUUCGAUGGGCUCGGGCUCGGGCUCGGGCUCUUCCAAUUGGAUCUUCGCGUCCAAUUACUACCCGUGGACUUGGAGCUCCUCGUCUCUCUCCGCCGCCGCUUUCGACGAGGCGCCGGAAUUGCGGCGGAGGGUGGUCGGUGGUGGAGAGGAGAGGGAGGAGGCGCUCGCCGCUGAUUACACGCUCCAGCGCUCCGCCGCCGCUCCGCCGCUUGGUGUUCUAGUUGCGGAGGCUGAGCCGCCGAGCGAUGAGACCAAAGUGGAAUUACUGAUAACACCGAAACAGUCGACUGUCUCUGCUCUAUCCAACGAUACCCAUGCUCUUCCCUCGACCCCUAAAAUUAGCAAAAGGUUUACCAACUUUCAAGUACUGGAGGCCAAACUUCAGAAGGCUCGAGCUGCGAUUAGGAAUGCAAAAAAUGGAAAUACAUCGUCUGAUCCUGACUACAUCCCUUCGGGUCCCAUUUACUGGAAUCCCUCAUCAUUUCAAACGAGCUACCUUGAGAUGGAAAAGCUAUUCAAAGUGUUCAUCUAUAAAGAAGGGGAACAACCUAUAUUUCACAAUGGCCCUUGUGGAAGCAUCUAUUCGAUGGAGGGAAAUUUCAUUUACAAGCUUGAAACGUCUAGCUUUCGGACGCAAAAUCCCGACAAAGCUAGCGUUUACUUCCUUCCCUUCAGUGUGGUGUCAAUGGUUCACUUCAUCUACGACAGAGGCGCUCCCGAUCAUUGGCUGCCUUUGAAACAAACUGUUAAGGACUACGUCGAUCUUGUGGCAGGACGAUACCAGUAUUGGAAUCGCAGCCUCGGAUCCGACCACUUCAUGCUCUCUUGCCAUGAUUGGGGGCCUGAGCUUUCAAAGUCCGUACCGGAGCUAUUCAAGAACUCCAUCCGAGCCUUAUGCAACGCGAACGUAUCCGAAGGGUUCCAACCAUCAAAAGACGUGUCGAUCCCAGAGAUCAACCUGCCCAGCGGCCGGACGAAUGGACUAAUUGGUGGGCCAUCGCCUUCUAGAAGGCCGAUCCUCGCCUUCUUCGCAGGAGGGCUCCACGGCCCCAUCAGGCCGAUCCUCCUCGAACAUUGGGAGAACAAAGAUCCCGAGAUCGAAGUCCACCAGUAUCUCCCCAAAGGCGUCUCGUACUCCGUGAUGAUGCGAAGGAGCAAGUUCUGCAUCUGCCCCAGCGGGUACGAGGUUGCAAGCCCGCGGAUGGUGGAGGCGCUGUACACGGGGUGCGUGCCCGUCCUCGUGAAGGACGGGUACGUGCCCCCUUUCAGCGACGUCCUCAACUGGAAGGCGUUCUCGGUUGAGGUCUCGGUGAAGGAGAUCCCGGACCUCAAGAGGAUCCUCGCGGGGAUCUCGACGAGGCAGUAUAUAAGGAUGCAGAGGCGCGGGGUGGCGGUGCGGCGGCAUUUCGAGGUGAAUUUGCCACCCAAAAGGUAUGAUGUGUUUCACAUGACGCUGCAUUCGAUUUGGUUGAGAAGGAUGAAUAUCAGACUGAAUGGAGUUGAAGAUUCAUGAAUGUACAGAAGAUGUGGAAUUCAGCAUACACAUUUUUUUUUUGGUUUAAAUUGGAUUGUAGUAUAUAUAGCAGUAUGAUCUCUAAUCUGGCCUUCACUGCAUAUUUACUAGUUCUCUCCCUUAUUUGUAAGAAUCAAAUGAUGUUGAUUUUUUUGGUUCAUUAUUUUUCAUAAUUGUAGUAGUGAUUGUCUUCAAAUGUUUUAA